AGGGAUUUUGAUAAUCCAGGGAGACUAGACUCCAGGCUACGUCUGAUUUCCCAAAGCUGAACAUCCUUUGUCCGUUUCAACCAAUCUUCUCUCCCUCUACUUCUCUUUUGAUAUUUUAAUUACCAUCCCGGACAUAUGGCACCUUCAUCUUUCAGGUUUUUCUUAGGUUCUGGAGCUCCACCACAAAGUGCAAGAGAAGAAAAGAAGAAAAUGAUGAUGGUAACGGACAUGGCUAAUCAGAAUCCAAGAAUCCACCAUGAAUCCUUCCUUCCCCUUUCUAAAAGGCUCAGAACCGGACCUGCAAGAGAGGAAGCCUCAAUCUCAGCUAAAGAGAAGAAGGAUAAGAUAGGAGAAAGAGUAUCUGCACUCCAGCAUCUAGUUUCCCCAUUUGGAAAGAGCGACACGGCUUCUGUGCUCCAGGAAGCCGCUGCUUACAUUAAGUUUCUUCAAGAUCAGCUCCAGGUGCUGAGUACUCCGUAUCUCCGCACAUUUCCACACGGCAAAUUACAAGAAGGUGAAAAGAGCCGUAGCUUGAGAAACCGAGGGCUGUGCCUGAUGCCGGUUGAUGAAACUGUUCUUAUUGCUAGAAGCAACGGUGCUGAUAUUUGGGCGCCUAUUUCCAAAUAGCUAUUUUGAACUGAAUUUCAAAAAUGAUUUUUUUUUUUUCAAAUAGAAAAUGAGAUUGAAUGAUGUGUGUUUGUUGGUGAAAUGGCUGUCUGAAUUUGAUUAUUGUGUUUG